AUGGCACAGGGAAACAGAAUCCAAAAUCUGCUCGCUAAGCUCAAGAGACUUGCAUCGAAGAUCAAGAAGGUCCGAGAGCCUGUUCUUGAGGAAAUGUCCUCUUCAGAGUCUGACGCUGAGAGCUUUGGAUGUCCCUUGGAGAGAGUACCCACACCUUACUACAUUGAGAUAAAGCCCGCUCUAAAGAUGAAGUCAGUUCUGAAGAUGGAGCCCAUUUUGGAGAUGGAAUCUGAGACUGAGACUUAUGGAUUGAGAAGGGUGCCCACCCCCUAUCCUUCCUUCAUGACAACUGGAAGGGCGAACUACACGAAGUGA